GAGAUCGACAGGUGGGAGGAAACGUCGUGACGGAGCCGACCUACUCAUUCCCCCUCCUCCUCCACUCCCUGUCACCGGAGCCUGUACCUGCCCCUCCUGGUACAAAAGCUCCACGUAUGUCAAGUAACUCCUUCUUCUCUUGGUGCUAGCAGGAACAAAGAGUGCAUCAUGGGAGAUGAGUCAUUCGACAUCGUGGACUCCGGGGCUUCUCUGACAUACCCCAUGCAGUGCUCUGCGUUGAGGAAGAAUGGCCAUGUCAUGCUGAAAGGACAUCCCUGUAAGAUAGUUGACAUGUCUACCUCAAAGACUGGCAAGCAUGGACAUGCCAAGGUUCACCUUGUUGGAGUCGACAUCUUUACUCAAAAAAAGUAUGAAGAUAUAUGCCCAUCUACCCACAACAUGGAGGUCCCAAAUGCAAAAAGGAAGGAGUAUCAGGUAGCGGACAUCUCGGAUGGUUACUUGAGUCUCAUGGAUGACGCGGGAGUGACCAGAGAGGAUCUUAAACUGCCAGAAAAUGACCUGGGCAAAGACAUUGACACCUGGUUUCAAAAUGGCGAAGAAGUAAUGGUCACUGUGCUCGAGGCUGUAGGUGAAGAGCAAGUAAUUACCGUAAAGCACACGAAGUAACUAAUUGAGGAUAACGCUUGGAGACCUCACAUCCUUACAUUGUCAUCCUUUGCCAUGGUUUUCAAGCGUCACCAAAGCUCAGCCCACGUUUACACAGCAUUGGUAAAAGUUGAGUUGCUGUGUUUGUCCAACUAUAAUCAUAGCUUUAUGUAAGUGCUUGGAAAUGUAGUGAAUGCUGGUCAAAUGAAAUCUUAAAAUCUGGACUGGCUCAGCUUCUGCUGCAUCAUGGGCUUACGGCUGACUGGCAUUCCCCACGAUCACCGAAGUUAAUGAGCAAAUGCAUCUUCGUUUUGCAGGUAGUAAUAUUAUUCUAGGAAUUUGUAACAUUCCUUUUUAGAAAUGUAUAUUUAAAGUUGUGGUUAAUAGUUUUUUUUUUUUUUUUUUUUAAAUCAGUCUUUGACCGAACAUGUAUUUCAACUCACAUGUACAGUUAAUGCUACUGCUUCUUUUCGACUUAAAUUCUACCUUGUUUUUUCAUCCGUCAUUCCAUGUCAUGCAGGCUCGAGCCUUAAAAUCAGCCUUUGCCUCUGACUAUGAGUAGAUCUCUAUGUCCAUGCAAACUUGACGAUAUCUUGUGUAAACAUGCCUUGGCAGUUCAUCUAUGUAGACGGCAUCAUGUUAUUUACUCCGCACUUCAGGAGCUAAUUGUGUGGCAAGUCUGUUGCGCAUAUAACUGGGCAUCUGUAAGAUUGGACUGUUCCAACGGGGGGCUCUCUGAGCUGUUUUGAAUCUGAACAAGCCUGAUCUUGGAUGAUCUUGGGUGGUGGGGUGAAGCCAUUUUUACUUUUUGUUUUUCUCUCCAUUGAGACCUUUCGUGGAGGAAGGGAAUGUUUUGAGGUGUGACAACAGAUUUAAAUUUGAUGUUAAGGAUUUGCAGAGUCUACACUUUGACAUGGAUUGUAACUUUUGUAAAAAAAAAAAAAAAAAUAGAGAAAAAGUUUUCUAUUAAUGGCACAGAAUAACAAUGUCUCAAUAUGCAUUGCAUUAAUGCGCAGGUUUUGUGUUGCCGUAGAACCUGCGUUUUCAUGUUGCCCAUUGUCUUCACUACCUCCUACAAAAUAAAGUGUAAUAUUAACAAUUUACCCCUUUUUUAUCAGGACAUUUGGAUUAAUGUGACAUGGCAAACAAAAUUGAUAUCCUGCUCAUAUGCGCUGGCUCAUUUAGAUCUGUUUAUUAGCGGUCAGUCCACAUGGGUAAGCCAUAUGAGCUUUCCACUUGUGUAGUUUGGCCACAGCAAUACUUAAUACUUAACAUUUUGUUCAUUGACCUCUUGCUGGUACUAAUGCAAGCCUGGAUUCUUCUUGCCUAUUUUGACAAAAUCCUUUUGUCAGAAAUUCAUAUUAAGAAUUUAUAUCCUCAACCAGGUCAAGUGUUUGGUCAAUUAACUUUUGAUUGAGCAGUUUAGUAAAAACGUUACUCCUCUGUAGUCAAAUGUGCACGUUAUUUGCUCAGAUGACUGAAAAUGUGCCGGAGAACUAAAUGAUGCUUCACUACUUCAGGCUGUUGUUCCUCAAACUUAUUGCAUCAUUCUCAGGGAGAAGUGAGCCCCAAGAAUGCAUACGUAUAUGGGCUGCGUCAUUUUAGUUGUAAACAUGCCAUGUGCCGGUGGAAGCCUUUUGUAUUGCUUCCUAAUGCAGAAGUGAGGCGUAAGAAAAGAUCUUAUUGAAACCUUACAUUUGUUUAUAUUCAGUCAAAUGUGGGAAAUGUUACUCUCUGUUCCCACUGAGUUACUAAGCAGGUCUAGCCUCUGAUUUGUAGCCCAAAUUGCCACCAUCUUGACAGUGAUCCUCUGCUGUAAACUGUUCUCCGUGUGUGUCUGACCGAUGAUUACUCUGUAAGGGCUUGAUCACGUGUUUGUGUGUGUGUGUACAUGUCCAUAGUCCUGGUCCUAUGAAAUGAGGGUUAUGUCAUCCCAUCCAUCCCGUUCCAGUAGCAGGGAUUUCUUACCAGGAGACUUUUUGUCUUUUGCUUUUAAGCGGACUUCCUCUCUUCACCUCAAACAAUUGUCAAUGGAACCUGUGUUUUCUUGUGACCAAAAGGAGUGUGCCAUAAAAUGGACUGGAAAGCGGAAGGUGGUCUUGUCCUUGUCAGCUUCACAUGCAGAUCUGGGUGUGCAGCAAACGGUUAAAUUGAGUGUUAUUAGUUAUUUUCUCAGGGCUUCAAACUGACUGUUUAGACAUGUGUUACUUAAAUUGUGUCAGUAGUGAGGAUGGGUAUUUAGUGUGUUUUUUUUGUUUUUAAAAAGUUAAAUUUUCUUUUUUUGUUCCUUUUAGUCCAUUCUGGCAUCGGUCAGACAUUUCCUGUCCUCCACUUAGUCUCUGUUUAUGGUUUAAAUGCUGCUUAAUUAUACUUGCAACAAUGGGGUUUAUUUUAUGUUUUAGAAUAGGUACAGUGUGUUAUGAUACCACGGGAAGUUGGUCUUGUAGCUCAUGAAUUCUGACGUUGGCACAGGUUUUAGGUGGAAUCUGACCUUGAAUCACUUCUGGAGCAUAAAGAUGCAGACUUCUCUCCUAACAAAUGUAUGGCUGCUGUCUUGAUUAUCACAACUGUCUUAUUUGUUCUGUGUAGGCAAAAUAAAGUUACUAGCACCCAGAAAUGAA